AUGGCCUCUGUCUCCCUAUCUUUUUCUGUCUCCCUCACCACUAGGCUUGGAGUGGAGCGAACAACAACACAGAAACAGACACAUUCAACGUGUAGGAAUCAAUGGCUUCAUCUCAAUGUGCUCACAACAUCAAGAACCUUCCUUUGUGUUAGUGAGGGGCUCAGACCAGAUCCGGUGGUCAAGAAACAGGAAGUGUAUCCACAGAAUGUGGAUCUUCCACCCAUACUGCCAAAGAACAAGAAAAAACCUUACCCAAUCCCACUCAAAAAGAUCCAGCAGGCAGCAAGGGCUGACAAAAAAAUUGCUGAAAUGGGAAAAGAGAAGCCUCUUAAGCCUCCAAAGAAUGGAAUACUUGUGCCUGAUCUGAUUCCUGUUGCUUAUGAUGUAUUGGAGGCCUGGAAAAUUCUGAUAAAGGGCCUGGGGCAGCUUUUACAUGUUGUUCCUGUCUAUGGUUGCAGUGACUGCUCUGAAGUCCAUGUGGGCCAGACAGGUCAUAAUAUCCAGGACUGCCAUGGCCCAGGCAGUCAAAAACGCAGAAGUUUCCACUCAUGGGUCAAAGGUUCUAUCAAUGAUGUUCUUCUUCCUGUUGAAUCAUACCACCUUUAUGACCCUUUUGGUCGGAGAAUAAAGCAUGAGACCAGGUUUGACUAUGACAGGAUUCCAGCUGUUGUGGAGCUGUGCAUCCAAGCAGGGGUUGAUUUACCAGGAUAUCCUUCACGUAGAAGAAACGAACCCAUUAGAAUGUUUGGGAAGAAAGUGAUCGACCGAGGUGGAUUUGUUGAGGAGCCAAAACCAUGCCAAUCUAGAGACUCUUACCCACUCAUGGAACUUGAUACAUUUGGGGAUCAUGUUAUGCGUUUUUCACCUCUUGCAGCAUCUGAUGUUUCAAAAAUUGCACAGGAGACUCUCAAUGCGUACGAGAAGGUGAGAUGGGGUGUGAGGAAGUUGAUGAGGAAAUAUCCAGUGAAGGCAUGUGGGUAUUGCUCUGAGGUUCAUGUUGGACCAUGGGGGCACAAUGCAAAGCUUUGUGGUGCAUUUAAGCACCAGUGGAGAGAUGGGAAACAUGGUUGGCAGGAUGCAACUGUAGAUGAAGUUGUCCCACCAAAUUAUGUAUGGCAUGUGCAGGAUCCAAAGGGACCCCCAUUGAUAGGUUUGCUGAAGCAGUUCUAUGGUAAGGCUCCGGCUGUUGUAGAAAUGUGCAUGCAUGCAGGUGCAGAAGUCCCUGAUAAGUACAAGCCCAUGAUGAGGCUUGACAUCGUGGUUCCGGCCUCUGAUGAAGCUCGUUUAGCCGCAUAAAAUCGAAGAUAGCUGAAGUUUAUGCUCCUUAUACAACAUAUUAUGCACGAAUGUAUAGUGCCCCAAAGGUAAUAUAUUUCUUGUGUCAA